AUGGCAAAGCCUUUAUGGAAACUCAUACCGCUAAAGUUUAUUUUAGUUUUCCUUAUACUUCCUGGUAGCACUGGACAAUUUACAAAAGUAGAAUCAGAUCAUCCAUGUGCACUCACUUCUUGUACUAACCCAUUGCUAUAUGCUGUUGAUGGAGACAUAUUAAUAGGAGGUAUUCUACAAAUAUUUUUGUUUGCUGUUGGUGGGAUGCCUGAUUUUCAAGAAGCCCCUGAUCAUGUAUAUUGUGUGGCACCUCUCUUUCGGUAUCUCACCCACCUCCUGGCCUUUAUGUAUGCUAUAGAGGAAAUCAACAACAGCACAGAGCUUUUACCCAACAUUACUCUAGGAUACCAUGUCUAUGAUGCAUGUACCAGUGACAUAAUGGCAUUAAUGAGCACUUUCAGUUUAUUAUCUGAAGCAGAAAAUCCAGCUCUCAACUAUAUCUGUAAACAAGAUCAGAAGAUGGUGGCAUUUGUUGGACAUUUGCUAUCAUCUAUAACUUACACCACUGCAGAAAUUACUCAGUUGUAUGGAUACCCUCAGAUAAGUUAUGGAGCUCUGGAUCCCGUGUUUAAUGACCGCAUCCAUUUUCCAUCCAUUUAUCGGAUGGUUCCCAAUGAAUAUUCCCAGUUUAGUGCUAUCAUAAAAUUAGUGAUCCAUUUUGGAUGGACAUGGGUAGGAAUCAUUGCAUCAGAGGAUGAAAGCAAUCUCCAAGCCAGUGAGGAGCUGAAGAAAGAAAUGUGGAGAAAUGGAAUAUGUGUGGAUUUCCUAAAGGUUGUUUGGCAGUCUGAUAUAGAAAACAGUCUAGAGAAAGCUAUUGAGGUCAUGAAACAUUCUUCUGUCAGAGUCAUUAUUUCAUACCUCAAAACAAGUUCUUUGAUAGUUUUACUAAGACUUGGUACUUUUAAACUGAUGUCAGAAAGGGUAUGGAUAAAGUCAGUAGCUCCAGAUAUCAUUGCAGAAUAUAAAUUUAAAGACUUUCUGUGUGCUUUUAAUGGGUCACUUUUAAUUUCCCUUCCAAAGGCAGACAUCCCUGGAUUGAGUAACUUUAUUUCUCAAGUCAUUUGGACUGAUAUGCUAAAGAAUAUAUUUGUCAACUAUGUAUGGGUCCUAAAUGGUGGAUGUUCCGUUGUUUUCCAUGACAAUAUUCAGAAUUUUACGUGUCCUGGUGAAUACAAGAUAAAAGAAUAUUUAUCACAAGAAGAGACAAUGAACCACCAUAUUAAAUACACAAUAUACAUGUCUGUCUAUGCUCUAGCACAUGCAUUGGACAUGAUGCAAUUACCUACAGAUUUUUUGAAGCUGUCUCCUAAAAAGAACAUUGGCCAAAUGAGAAUUAAGUUAAACUAUUACCUGAAAAACAUUCAUAUGAAAAUGGCAUCUGAAGAGGAUAUUUUUUUCACCAAGGAUGGAAAUAUUCCAGGAAAGUUUGAUAUUCUGAACUGGGUCAUUUAUGGAAAUGGAACGAUCAAGAAGAUCCAUGUGGGGCAAUUCUUUCCAAUUACAGAUCACCUCGUUAUCCAUGAGGAGGCAAUUACCUGGAGCCCUUAUUUUCAAAAGACUCCAGCGUCAUUCUGCACAGAAUUGUGUACUCCUGGCCACCGAAGAGCUCAUCAGACUGGGAGACCAUCAUGCUGCUUUGACUGUGUUCCAUGUUCUGAAGGAGAAAUUUCAAAUUCUUCAGAUCUGGAAACCUGUGUGAAGUGUCCUGAUGAUCACUGGUCUAAUCCCACUAGGGAUUGGUGCAUUAAAAGAGCAAUAGACUUUCUCUCUUAUGAAGAUCGUUUAGGAUAUAUACUGGCCGGAUGUGCUUCAGUCUUUAUUGUUUCUACUGCUGUGGUGUUUUUGGUUUUUAUAAAAUACAGAAGGACUCCUAUAGUUCGUGCUAAUAAUGAGAACACCAGCUACAUCCUACUUACAGCUCUUCUGAUGUCAUUCCUUUGUACCUUUAUGUUCAUUGGACAUCCUACAAAGGUAACCUGCCUACUGAGACAAGCCACAUUUGUGUGUGUCUUCUCUGUUGCUAUUUCUUCAAUUUUAGGUAAAACAAUGACAGUCCUGGUUGCAUUUGAAUCUGCAAAAGUGGCCAACAAAUUUAGGAGAUGGGGAAGAAUUGACAUUUCCAUGGGUGUGGUCUUUAUUUGCUCUUUUGUUGAAGUUUUAAUAUGUAUAAUUUGGCUAACCUUUUCCCCACCAUAUGUAGAGUCUGACAUCAAAACUAUACCAGGAAAAAUAAUUCUACAGUGUAAUGAGGGAUCAAUCAUAAGUUUCUAUCUGGCAGUUUCAUACAUUGGUGUAUUAUCUCUUUGUAGCUUUGCUGUCGCUUUCAUUGCUCGUAAAUUACCGGACCGUUUCAAUGAGGCGCAGCACAUAACCUUCAGCAUGCUGGUGUUCUGCAGUGUCUGGGGCUCCUUCAUUCCAACAUACCUGAGCUCCAAAGGCAAAUACAUGAUUGUAGUGGAAAUAUUUGCCAUCCAAGCCUCUGCAGCGGGUUGCAGCAAAGUGGCCUACUCACCAGAAAUAGGGCCCUCGAUAAACCUUUGCUGGAUUGGCUCCUCUGCAGAUGAAAUUUGGGUAGAUGAAUAA